AUGAGUAUAUUUUACAGUAAAGUACCUGAGUUCGCAAUAAUAGAUUUCGAAUUCGGCAGCUGCGGGCGAGAUCGAUUAAUAUUGGUAUCAGGCGCCAUCAUGGGCCAAUAUCAACCGGAAAUUAUUACGAAACUAGAGGGGCGGGCGUUGCAUUUACAGGAAAAUCGACCCAUUACGGACGACGAAUGGAAACAGUUAGUUAGACAUUUCCAGCAUAUAUUUAAGGAUAACCCCACCUCUUUGUACCCCGUACUCGCCCAAAUAUACGACUCGGACCACUCAUUGUCACCGAACCUUACACAACCGCAAAUAAAAGGACAAUUAGAUCGUUACGACGCCAUAUUAACUUGGGAGGGAAGCACCGACAAAAAAAUUUUAGAACUAUUAAACAUUAACCGACCCGUAUUUUCGUUACGUGGGUGGGACCUCCACAUGGAUGGACAUUUCGUACUUCUCCUUAUUGAUUACGGAAGUAACGAACCGAUAGCGUCAAUCCCAAUAGGAAAACACAUUAAAAGGGGAAGGGCACUUAAACUAGACGAAGCACAUACGCUGUUAUGUGAGGACUUAUACUAUCACGGGGGACUGGAAGCUCAUGAUCCACGAGCAGACGUCCAAUGGACACGGUGCCUCUUUCUACAACUCUACAAAGUACAUAAAAAUACAAUUAACGACGCCGUGCGCGCAAAACAAAACAAAAUUGAACCGGUAGAAUUAUAA